UACAGUAUUGUUUUUAGUUCUUUUUAAAUGUCGACGUGAACAACAAAAAAUGUUAAAAAUCGGAAUUUUAUUUUGUGUUUUGUUGGUUAAGUGCUAUGCUUUCGAUUUAGACGAUGAGGUAUACGAGAGAAUGCCCCCGCUGUUUGCGCUGGACGAGUACCACCGUUGUCUUCUGUAUAAUGGCACGUACUGUGUCAUCAAGACCGAGCUCUUUGCGGAGCCCGACAAUCAGCUCAUGAACAUGAUGAUAAGUUAUACCAAAUCCAGUCGAGUGAAGCACUAUAACCACACAUAUCAAAACAAAGGCAUAUGUCUCACCACGACCUGUGUUGACUAUAUCGAAGGCAAAGAUCUGAAAAUAGAUGAAAAUCGCCAAGAAAUACUUGAAAAGUGUGAGAAUCUGACCACUUAUUCAAAAUAUGGCAUACAAGCAAAGGUAUCAAAUAUCUAUUAUUGUGAUACAAAGGAAACGAAAGUGGAUAAAAAGGAUGUUAUAGAUUGGACUGUUUUGGUACUAAUUAUUAGCUUAAUUUUGGUAGUUCUUGCAGCAACUUAUUACGACAAAACACUCGAUGAAAAAUCUUCGGCGAAAUUAAGCUAUGGGGAAAGAAUGCUUUUGUGUUUUUCAUUAAAAAGAAACUGGGAUUUUUUGGUCGCGCCUGUCAGCCAGGAUCCUAAUGUGGCCAGACUUGCUGGAAUCAACUUCAUAAGGACUUGUGCUUCCUUUAUGAUGGUGCUUGGUCACGUGGUUUGGAUUUUCGUGAUGGGUUUCAUGGACAAUGCACAUGAUUUUGAACGGUCGUACACCGAUUACCGUUACUACGUGAUCUAUAACGGUAUGAUCGUGGUACAGAUAUUCUUCGUGCUGUCCGGGUUCUUGCUGGUCUACAACAUGGAGGCUGCCUCUGACGUCAGGAGGAUCUCCAUCAGAGCGAUGCCAAUGAUCCUCUUGAGAAGGGUUAUUAGACUGGCGCCGCCAAUGGCAAUAGCGAUAGCUUUGAACGCGACGUGGGUCCGCUUCAUGAACACGGGUCCGCUGUGGAAGUUCUACGUCCACUCCAUGGUCAGCGACUGCCGGCGCUGGUGGUGGUCGCAUCUGCUCUUCAUCAACAACUACCUGACUGAUAACACGUACUGCGCUGUGCAGACUUGGCACACAGCAGCCGACACACAAGUGUUCAUCGUGGCGAUCUCCCUGUAUCUCCUGGUGAAGCCGCAAGCCCGUCGCUUGGUCACCAUCCUUGCAUUCAUCAUCGGGUUGGUGAUACCUGCCCUUCAUGUGUACUUCCAGGACCUGGACGCGCAGAUGUUGAAGACGCCAGAGAUGCUACGUUCUCUCGACGACCCCAACCGUUACCCUUACGUAUUUGCUCACAACAACAUCUGCGGCUUUCUCCUCGGAAUGGUGACCGCCUACAAGGUUUACCACUGGCAGAAACAGGGGUAUACAAUGAACGAAAAGCUUACAAGAUUUCUGUACGCCGUAUGCAUACCAACGAUUGUUUAUUGCUUCAAUUUGGGGAACCUGUUUCACGAGGAAGACUACCGGACGCCAUUGUGGAUAAGGAUGUUGUGGCAAGGAACCCAUAGGCUGUUCAUCAGUCUGCCGGUAGCCGCGCUUCUCGCCUGCAUGACCGUGGGGCCGCACAUUCCAGACGGCGUGGCGUCCAUGAUGCGUUGGCCCCUGUUCAGGGUGCUGGGCAAGCUGACUUAUGCCGUGUUCCUUCUGCACGAGACCUUCACGCCAAUGGUAGCUGGCUCCAAGACCGCCCUCGUGCACUUCGACUACUUAAACCUGCUAAUACACCAAUGUGGAAUCGUCGCGUUGACCUAUUUAUUAUCAGUACCAUUCUACCUAAUGAUGGAAGCACCAGUCACACCUUUACUGAAGUUGAUUCUAAUGAAACCAAAACCCGAAGACGACAUCGUAGUACAAGAUCCAAGGAAGAACUUCAUAUCAGACGUGAUCCAAUAUAAAAUAAAGAAAAUAAAAGACGAUACUUCAUCUGAGAAAGAGAAAGAGAAAGAGUUAAACGAUAAAAGAGAUAAUAUUAUGAACGAGUUAUUGGAAAACGCUGCGCGGGAUGACGUGAAGAAGACAAGUUGAUUGGUUGAUUGUUAUCUAGUUUUAAUGAAGUUAUGUAAUUGUAUAUAUGUGUAACUUUUAAUUUAAAUGACAUUUAAACAUGUGUAUUUAAUAAAAUAAUGAAACUAAAUAAAACUAACUGAAUUAAAGUUAUAAUGAAAACUUA